AUGACGGCCGCCUUUCCAAGAGCAGCCAGCCCCUCCCAGCAGCCCCCAGGCCCAGAGGAUGAGGACUCCAGCCUGGAUGAGUAUGACCUGUACAGCCUGACCCACUUUUACCUGGGAGGAGGCGCCAGGAAAGGUCGCACCAAGAGAGAAGCUGCUGCCAACACCAACCGCCCCAGCCCUGGUGGGCACGAAAGAAAGCUGGUGACCAAGUUCCGGAAUGCAGAGCUGAAAAAGAGAGGGGCACAUCCCUGAGACAGAGUUGGAGAUGAGGCCAGAGCAUGGACACCACACCACAGCAAUGGAGACAGGACCACGGCGACAGAACCGCAGAGGAAUUCCUGGGAGCAGGGUCCAGGCCUGCUUUUCCCCCUCCCUGACCCCAGGACUUACCACACCCGACUGAGGCCUCACAAGCCACCAAAGGAGCAUCCCCAGCCCCCAGCAAA